AUGCCCAAUUUCAACCCCUACACCGCCGAUACGCCCAGCACCGAAUCCUCAAGCGACAGCUUCGACACCUCCGAGGACGAACAACAAUAUGCUCCCGCACAAAUUCGGAAGUCGCGGUCUCGCCAGCUGAUAAACUCGCCGCGUCGACCCUCCAGCUCAGCAUUUGCCUAUCCCGUGCCCAAACCCAUCUCGGCGUGUCUGGUCGACCCGUUCUACACGCUCCCGAUCGAGGUGGACACGACGACGAACAAGCUCCUCCAUUUCUACAGCCAAGACAGCUACUGGGCGACGGCGUACGCGUUGUCCCCGAAGAUCAAGCCCUCGAUUAAAGGCUCGUGGGAGUACCAGGCCGGGGCAUGCCUCUCGCACUUCCACAUCUUGAUGGCGCGGUCGGCGCUGCAUCAGCUGCGCAUGAAUGAGAAGUGGGGCGGCGAGAAAGCGAGGCGCGAGCUCGAGUAUGCGGCGUUGAAGCACCAGACCGAGGCGAUCACGCUUCUGCGCGAGAACGUGUCGCGGGGCCAGAAUGCCGAUUUGAAAUUGAUCCUCACGAGUAUCAUUUCGCUGGCGACGUUUGAACAACGGUACGGAGACCGCGAACGGGCGGUGCUCCAUUUCCGGACCGGCCGGGAUAUCAUUCGCCAGAUCGGCAUGCAAGAUAACGGGUUGAACGAUCGGCUGAGGGAGGAACAGGCACUCUGGUUCGAAGGCAUCUAUCGCGAUCCGGAGGCGAGCUGGAUGUGGGGAAAAGAAGACGCGAAUGAGCGGUUAGGAUGGUUGAAGACGCUGCUGGGAGAGGUCGAUCGCAUGUGGAGGGAUCGCCAGCUGUUGCCAUUACGGGACAAAGCGCAGAGCCGCGUGCCGGCCGACAGCAGAUUACGCGAGUUCAUGUUCAGAGAAACCACAGGCCGCAGCGUGAGCGUGUAUGGCGACAUUGACGAGUUUGUGGCCCAGCAGCGGUGUAUUUUGGUCUUCGUCUGCAUCAUGUGCGCGAUAUACGAAGAGCUGGGCGACAGCAGCGGCGGCCUCAAGACGGUCUCGAAAGCCAUGGCCUUGAACGUGGCAAUCCGCGCGUAUGCGGCCUUCCUCGAGGAUCUGCUGGUCGAGCAUGCUUUGGGCCCCGACCAGGCCGUCGCGGAUCUGCUCUGGAUGAUGUGUCAGAAUUAUCGCGAUGUGAAGGUUCACCUUGUGGCUGCUGGGCCGGCGGUGCCCAAGGGAGCGCUGCAGCGACUGGAUCUCAAGGACUGCCAUUGGCGAGCGAGUGGCAUUGCCAAUGUGGUCAAAUACCUGCCGGAGAAAAGGCAGUCAAGUCUUCGCAACAUGUUGUUGGAUUUCAUUGAUGGCAAGCCCUAUACCGGCAAGGUGCGGGUCAAUGAGUUUGAAUUCAGUUAUGCUGGCUUGUGA